UUGGUCGUGUGUCAUCAAUUCUAAAUCUCAGACUGAGAAGCUUUAAUUUAAAUAAAGUAGCACAGUAUACGUUAAAUUGCCUUGCUAGUUACUACUUAAAUAUUCUAUUAUAAGAAAUACAAAAUAUAUAUUUUACAUUAAAUAUAAAAGUAUUAGCAUAAAAUUAAGUCAAAAUGUGUAAACAAAAUUAAUUUAAAUUUUACAAAAAUAGUACUAGUACUAGUUUAACUUGAAAGUUGAAUAACAGUUUAACUUCAUUAUGUAGACUAGUGGAACUUAUGUCUUAACUGCUAAAGCCUAUUCAGUAUUAUUGUUUGACUGGAGCCUAAGUUUAGGAAAGAACAAUGGAUAAAUUAACAGUUAUUUCUGGAACAUUGUUUUUAGCUGCAGAUAUAUUUGCUGUGAUGAGUCUCAUCCUGCCUGACUGGAUAGUUACUGAAGUUGGAGGUGAUACACGAAUUGGCCUAAUGCAGACCUGUAUGACAAUAUAUGGUCGCCCUCAGCUUUGUUUUUCUCCAAGCCUCCAACCAGAAUGGAUGUUGACUUUGAUAUGUAUCAUCAUUGGUGCUCUGUGUGUUACAGCCACCUUUGGUCUUCUCUUUAUGUCUCGAUGGAACAUUCAUGUCAUUCCUUAUGCUAGAUGGGUUGGUUUUUCUGCAAUGGUAUUGUUCUGUCUGGCGGCUGUAAUUUUCCCUCUGGGGUUCACCAUGGAGGAGAUUGGAGGAGAACCAUACCAACUUCCAGGGCAUUAUCAUGUGGGACUAUCAUAUAUAUUCUUUGUGCUUGCUUUGUGGAUCACAGUAAUCUCUGAACUUUUUGCUGGGAAAGUGUGUAUGCCUCAUUUCUAGGUUCACCUGCAUGAUCUGUGAUUUGCUACACUAAAAACUGAAGUAAGAAAUUCCAUGUUAUUAAAACUUUAAGUUAAAUUACUUACCAACUUUGGUAUUAUACAUUGUCAAAACAAUAAACUGACCAACUCUUUUAGGAAGUAGGUUUUCUUUCCUAAGACUGACACGAGAAUUAUAUUAGUAGAACUUUUAUUGAAUAAAAGUACAAAGGAGCUGGUGUGAUAAUAUUUGAAUUAACUGCUCUGUGUCAUUAUUUAAUCACCUUGACAAAAAUUUGACUUUUUGAAUGUCUUUGUUCAAAUGUUUACAUAGGAUUUCUGCAAUAUUUUUUUACGUCAACUCAUCCAUUUUAUUAAGAAUUAUACAUACUAGUUUAUUUAUUUUUAAACAUACUUGCUUUAUUAUAUUUCACAAAAACUAGAAACAGAUCUUUUUGUGCAUGAUGGGAACAUAUACUGUUAUCAAUUUGCAACAGAAGGUUUACUUAUUUGUGUAAGGUUGAUAGUUUCAUGUUUUACAUGUAAUAAUAGUAUAUACGUGAACUGAUUUGUAAACAUUUGUGUGAUUUCAUUCAUAAUUUGUUUUGUGAGAACUGUGAAGAGAUAACAAAUGGAAAAUAUUUCUGUAUAUAAACGUUCUUUACACACAUCCAAAAUAUAUUCAUAAAACAAAUUAAAAUACUUUUUGAUUUAGACUAGUACUAUUAUUAGUAAUAAAAAGGUUUAAGGCUUCAUAAACUAUUUGAAAGUAUUUAGAUACUUUAAACAAAAAAUACAUAGUUACAUUAAAAACUGAACUCCAACUCAUUAAUAAUGUAAA